AAUAGUACAAGCCCGGCACGCAGUAACAGCUUGAUAUUGACAGCAACUCUCCCGUUCGCUAUCCCUGCAAACCGGACUUCGCUUUGCGGGACACCGUGGCGCAACUUGCAGGCGCUCAUUUUUCAUUCCUGCAAUUUGACUGCAAUUAGUAGCAGCGAGGAGAAGCAGUUCUUUAUUGACCCGCGAUCCCAUAAAUUACUUGCCCUAACGGAGGAAAACAGGCCAUGCUGGCGAAAUAUCGGGGAUUUGGAGCAUUUGGUGCAGCGUUGGUUCUUCUACGCGCGUGCUGCCCUGGAAGAGCAGAGUCAAUGCCGCCAUGUAUGGAGCGCCGAUGCAUGAUCGGGCGCUGCCUCUGCCUGGACCAAGCAUUUAAUAGUAACUGCCUCGACGGCGCUCGAAACCCCCACGCGGCGGCAUUUCUCUACGCGCUAAUCGACGCCGUGCCAAAGGAUCGAACGGCGCGCGUCGAACAGAUCUGCUUAAUCUCCAAGUCGCUGCGUCAGACAUACGAGGCGCUUCACGAGCGAGAUGCGCGAAAUAUGACAAAACUUCUAGAACAGGUGGCUCUGGUGACGGACGGCUACAGGGCCCUUGGUCACCGUGUCCAUCGCAUUGGCGUCACCUUCUACGAUGUAUUCAUGCACCUGGCGCGAGAAGCCUUACUUGAGAUGGACGCUUGUCCCUCGGCGACACCGUCGCGCACGCUCAUGUGGUUCGUCUCCAGCCGCGACGUCGAUGCCGCGCUGAACGUGAAGUUAGCGCUCGCCGCGCUCGAGGCGGAAUCUCGAGGCUGGGGGCUCCGGGUCGUGCACAAUUCCCAGGCAAAGGCGGUCGUCGACUCCGUCGAGCGAGCUCUGCCUGCGCACUGUCGGUCGCGCCUCGAAAGUGUCUCUCUCGCGAGCAUGGGCAUUAAUCUUCCUCGAAUUCGACGAGGCCAGCUCUCAUGCCUCCAAGCAUCGAAAAUAUAUUUCGAAGGCACUCGAGACACCGUCGUAAUCGCUGGUGGAGAGGACGUCAUUGUCCGAAGACCCAUCUCGGAUCAGGAGCUUUCCUAUACUAUGCUUGGGGCGCCCUGGACCUGGUGCCGGGCUCCUAAGCACAAAAAUACAGACGAAUGCCGCUUCGGCGGAAACGGUGGUUUCGCCAUCCGAAACCCUGCCUUUGUCGCAGAGCACGGCAUUCAGGCUCGCCCGAAGGUUGAGGGGUUUAAAGCUUGGGCCCGGGAAUGCGGGACCAUGCAUCACAACGACGACAUAUAUCUUGCCAUCAAGAUGAACGAACUCUACGUUGGCAGCUGCGUCCUCAGGGCGCGCCCUAACGCCCCCGCGACUUUGCUGGCCAAUUCUCUCUCCACGCAGGUCAACGGCACGCUCGGUCGCUUCCGGCCUGCACCUUAUGAUGCCCUGGUGCGGUUCGCUGCGGAAACCAUCGAGUCCGACGAUCCGGUGGCUUUGCACAAGACGUGGAAGUACCUAUCCCCAGAGUACACCGUACGUCAAUUUCGAAAGCCGCUUCUUCUGAUUCGGGCCUCACUGGGCAAUGCCAAUCGCGAAGCUCGCGCAAGAAAAAACGAGACGAACAGGAGACAACGCUAGCUUCGACAGAAACAAAAGAAAUAUACUUCGGGCGUUUGGAGGGAUCUUUGGCUAUUUUCCCUGCUGUUCUCAACGUCCGUAGACACCUCGUCCAUAACCUGCGAUGCAGGGGGAAAUAGAGUGUGCAAUUCCGGACUUCCCCGGCAGCGUAGUCACGGUCACGGUGUAGUCUAGAGGUGUAGUCGUCUUACGAAAUAGUUUGCCCC